AUGGCUCAAUCACCCUCCUCGGCCGCUGGUUCUGCGGAUUUCCCAGCGUCACCGCCUCCACAGGUCAACGGAGUCGCGCACGCGCCUUCUGUAGCCUCUUCUAUAGCUCAAUCCGUGACCGCGAAUGGCCAUGAAUCAGGAAACCAAAGCGAAGGCGCUGAAUCGACCGCCAGAAGCUCCGAAUUGAGCAAUGAUGGGGUUGCUUUGCGCUACUCUAGCCAUGAGGAUGGCCACGAGGAUGGCCAUGAAUAUGGCAAUGAAACAGCCAUUAGGGACGCGUAUAACGCGAUGUCGACGGAAACACCAAAGGAAUUUGCGAACAUAGAGACGGACGGGAAGCAGAUGCCCGGUAUCCCUGAAAUAUUGGAGAUGUUGGCUACCAUGGAACGAAAAUUUCAACAAAUGGAAGCCAGGAUGGACCAGCUAGCCCCACCGCCAGUUGAUGAAUCGCCAUCCCAUCCGCAGAUUCCUCGAUACGUCCACGUCCCAGAGAUAAUUGAUCGUAGCAUCAAUGCCGAAGUGCCUGUCGAGGAUACAAUCACGGCUUUCCGCUCUCGAGCGAGUCUAGUGGCCCGUGCCAAGGUCCUGCAUAUGGCGAAGAAAUUCCCUGAAUGGAAAGAUCGCGUCUUUGAACAGGCGAAAGCAGCUACCUGUCUGCCGAUACUGGAGGAAGGGCAGGAAACUUGCCCAGUAGGCUCAUCAGUUCAUCCUAAACUGUGGGAGGUUCAAAAUGAAUGGCUAUAUGAUUUUAUGUACGAGUCCAUUGGUCCACAGUUCAAAGAGGAGAUUUUCGAACCACCAAAUCGAUCGGCCUACAUUCUCUGGAGACAGAUAGAAUCGUAUUGUAGCUUAGUGAAUGAAGAUGACCGCAGAUAUCUCAUUCAGAAGCUCAUGACCAUCAAUGCCAAGAACGACUUUGACUACAUUUCAACGUUCUACAGGUACUACGCUAAGAUAAGGAAGCUGGAUUUUAUCAUACCGGAUUGGAUGGCUCAGGACCUGCUUUAUCUGCGAGUCUCCGAGAGGGCAAGGGAGAUGAUCCAAUCUGAGAUCGAUGCUGCCCGCAAUGCAAAAGAUGGCCCAUUAACGCUGUCGGUCGAUAAAAUGGUCGCACGGGUUCUGAAGCCGGCUGUAUCACGAGCAAACGAGGAGGAGCCCCAACCCGAACCAGCUCCAUCCGUAGCUUCUUCUGUCGCCAAUGGCCCUUAUUCUGCUGGCUCAAAACCAGAUAGCCUCAAUGCUUCGGGCUCCCAAGCCGACCUUGUCGAUAAGAAAAGCAAGGUCGUUUGCGGAUAUUGUUCAAUGCCCCAUCAUUCAGAGGAUGGGUGCUUCUACAAGUACCCCGAGAGGACCAGCCCUGCAUGGCAAAAAGCGCACAAGAGCGGCAUUGAAUUCUUUAGGAAGAAAGCUGAAGGGCGCGAGCAGCCUGACCAGGAAGAGCAGCGGCCGGCCACACAGGCCGUGAAAAAGAUCCAAAUCGCGCAAAAGCCUCAGCCUGAACCCCAGCCCGAAUCAAAAGUGAAGCCAGCAGCCAAACCUGAGUCAGUCGCAGGGCAGAAGGCGGAGCCUAAACCCGAACCCAGGCAAGAGGCAGCAAACACUCAACCACAGGUCAAGAGCCCAGAAAUUUACAGCGAGAAACUCUCAUGCAACUAUUGUGGUCAAAAGGGUCAUUCAGCUAAUGGCUGUCCCUUCCAAUUUCCCGACUUAGAAACAGCCGAUUGGCGUCAGAAAAAUAAACACCUUAUCGAGUUCCACGCCAGGAAAGAUAAACUGCGCAAGAGAAAACUCGAACGUCUUAAAGCAAAGCAAGCCAUAGAAGGGAGUAAACCGGAAUCAUCUUCUGUUUCCAAUGCUACCCGUCCUGCGUCUCCUGAAAACCUGUUGAUUUUGGAUCUGUGA